UCAAGACAUGCCCGAACAAUGUCCGCGUCGAAGCACGUUAUUUUAUCAUAACAGUCCGUUGCUUCAUAAACUGCUAUAGCUUUAAAAUAUUACUAGUCUGCAGUAAACUUGCCCUGCUUUACAUCUGUAUGUACUCAAUUUGGCCUGCUUUUAAAAAGCCUGUAUUAAACCUUCCAUGCUUUAAGUCUGCCUGCGCUAAACUUGCCUGUGUUGCAGACAUGGGUCCCAAGCGCAGGUUGAUCACAGACACCUUUAAGGUGGUAAAGAGGGCAAAGAAGGAGGAGAAGCAAGACAAGGAGCCUGCUGCACCAGAGAAAGAACUUGAACCCCUCCCCCUGACACAGCGAGAGAAGGACUUGCUGGAGCUCCAGCAGUUUGAUCUGGACUGGAGAUAUGGACCCUGCACUGGUAUCAGUCGGCUGCAGCGCUGGGAGAGGGCGGAGCUUUACGGGUUAAAACCCCCCCAGACCGUCAGAGACCUGCUGAGGAGGAGCGGAGAGGAGACAGACUACACACACUGCUUGUGGCAUGACUACCCGCUGUGAGGUGCCGGGAGGAAGACGAGCGGAUCGUUGUGGGCGCGUUUUUGCAGCGUCGUCUCCGUCUGCAGCGUCAUUAGUCUUGAUCUCCGGAUCUGGGGACUGAGGCCUCUGUGCCGCCUGUGUUAGAGUUCUUCUGUCUGGCCUGCAACCUUACCUCACACUACAUUUUAAUAAAACACUUUCAUAAGAAAA